AUGAUAGUUCAAAGGGAAUAAAAUUAUUCCUAACUAGUGGAAGCGGGGCUACAAACAGAAGAAUUUGGAUUAGAAUUGGAUAAUGAUCUUACUAUUUUUUCAGAAAAAAUUUCUUAAUAUUCUGUUAGACGAUGUUGCAGUACUGAUGAUUUAUUUAUUAUCUUGUAUAUCAAAGGACAAAUUGCAUAUAUUUUUAAUGAAGCUAUUUAGAGAUUGUAAAUGAUUUAUCCAAUUAGUGAUAAAUUAAUAGAUUAUCCGAAAAGAUAGUGGAUUUUUAGAAAUAUAUAAUAAUAAAAUAUCUAAAAUGGGAAUAUACAGUUGGAAGUGACAACCAUUGUAAUUGGAAUGUCUUUUGGAAGGGAGAAAGAGUAGGAGGAGGCAUCUAAGAUUAGAAUAGCUAAAAGUAGGGUAAAUGGAUAGAAUUAUACGAAAAUUAUAGUGAGUAAGUAAGCCUUGCUUGUGUUUUCUUUGUUGGAGAGUAUGCGGAUGGAAAGAGGAAAUUGGUUGACUUUGUUUGAUGGCAAAAUCCUGUAAUUAAAUCUAAUCUAAUUUAAUUGCAAUGGGUUGUAUGAUGAGUAUGGACUUAAAACAGGAAAUUGGGUUGAAUUAAAUUCAAAUUUUUCAAUGUUUCAUAUUUUGUAAUUUUCGUUCAAUUAGUUACAACAAACUAUGGUUAAGAGGAGAAUAUUAAAAAGGACUAAAAAUAAAUUAAUGGGAUGCAAUUUAAAACUAUUAAAAAUUUCCAAUUGGAUGCUACAAUGCAAUGCUAAAGGCCUUAAAUAAGGAUCUUGGAAUGACUUGAGUGAAAAAUUCAUAUAGUAUUAUAUAUUCGCUUAUCCAGUUAUAAGAAACUUUACGAAAAGGGAGAAUACGAAAAUGGAAGGAGAAUAGGGAAAUGAUAGAUCAUAAUAAAUGAUUAAGUAGUUGGUAAAACAUUCUAUGACUAAAAUGGGUUAAUAUAAGGUAAGUAAAUAGAGUUGCUCUAAGAUUCAACAAGGUAUAUACAAAUAUGUUUUAGGUUUUAGAGAAAUUGGCUUUAUGUAAGAAGGUGAAUAUUUAAAUGGGAAAAGGGUUGGACAAUGGUUCAUAGUUUUAGAUGAAAAAAAAUUUGGAGGUGGUUUUUAUGAUGCUGAUGGGUUAAAAAUUGGGAAAUGGGUUGAAAUUCUAAAAAAAAUGAAUUAAAUUCCAAGUUUUACAUAAUAAUCGGGCAUUAUAGUUAAAUUUGAAGGGGAAUACUUUAAAGGAAAGAGAGUUGGGAAUUGGAAAUUGAAAUAAAAUUAAAAAGCAAUGUAUAAAAUGAGAAAUUUAACUAUUAGUGGCAGUGGCACAUUCAAUGAAAAUGGUGACAAAAAAGGAAGAUUUAUUGAGUUGCACAAGCAAGAAGAUUUUUCUGAGUAAAUCUAUAAAUAAUUCUAAAAUUAGAUUCAAGUAAAUUUUAAAUGUAACAGAAUAUAAAAAUGGUCAAAUAAUACGAUAAUUAGAAACUCAAUUAUGGGGAAAAUGAUGUAAAGAGUAUGUAGUUAUAAAAGUGCUGGAGGUUUUUAUGAUCUUGAUAACCAUAAAACUGGAAAGUGGAUUGAGUUAGGAGAAAGAUCUGAUGGAGUCUCAGAUGUGAAAUACAUAGGAUAUUACAUUAAUGCAAAAAAAGUGGAAGAUGGGAGAUUCAAUAUGAUAAUAGUAUAAGGUAAAAGAGAUCUUGAAUUCAAAAUAGAGGAGGCGGGACUUAUGAUGAAAAGAACGAGAAAAAUGGUGUAUGGGAUGAACUUCAUUCUAACUUCUAAAGUAAUAAAGCAAUUUAAACUGGAAAUUACCAACAUGAAACUAAAGUUGGAAAAUGGGAAAUAAAAUAAAAUGGCUAUAUAAUGUAUUAAGACAAUCUAUAUUAGUGGAAGUGGGCAAAUUGAUGAAAAUGGUUUGAAAAACUCCGAAUGGAUAGAUUUACACAUGGAUUAUUCAGAAUUUACCAAAAUCUUCAACAUAGAAUAGUAUUAAUCUGGUCAAUAAAUGGGCAUAAAUUAGAGAAUUCACAAUAGAAAUGUGAUGUAAUAAUCAAUGGAUAAUUAAUAGGCAAUUAAACUAGAAUGGAUUGAAACAUGGAAAAUGGAUGGAAUAACACGAGUUCUACAUCCAAUACUAGUAGAUAAUAUUUAAUGGAGAUUAUAAUAAUGGUAGUAAAACUGGAAAAUGGGAACUGUGUUUAAAAAUAAAUUAUGUAGAUUUUUUGAUUUAUCCAAAAGUAGUGGGGGUUUUUAUGAUGAUAAUGGUCUGAAAGUUGGGUUCUGGAUUGACUUAUGCUAAAAUUUCAUUAAUGUUCGAUAAGUUACUUUUGCAGGGAAGUACAAUCAUGGAAAUAGAAUUGGAAAAUGGGAUUUGAUUUUCAAAGAUAACAUUAUUGGAAGUGGUGAAUAUUUAGAAUUUGAUACUAAAUAGGGUGAUUGGAUAGAAUUGGAAAGUUCUUUUUAAGAUUAUAAAUUGAAAUUAAUAGUUAAUUAGUGGUAGAUAACGUUUGGAAUUAGGGAAAUACGAAGAUGGCAAUAAAAUUGGAAAAUGGAUUAUAGUGAAAGAUUAAGCAAAAUUGUAAUGCGUUUGAUUAACAGUAUUUAGAGCUGA